CCCAUUUACCACGAAACAAUUCCAAUGGUGGAAAAAAUCAUUAACAACUUACACCAAAAGAAAUUUAUAAACCUAAAACAAAAGAACUAUUUGCUGGGCUCCGCUGAACCAAGGGGAAGGCUCUUUUAUAUGCUGCCUAAGAUCCACAAGGAUCCGGCAAAAUGGAGUGUCCCCUUUCAGGUGCCCCCAGGACGACCAAUCGUCUCAGACUGUGAUAGUGAGACUUACUAUACAGCUGAGUACUUGGAUUAUUUCCUGACUCCUUUAUCCACAAAACAUGCGAGCUAUAUUAAAGAUACAUAUGAUUUUGUGGAUAAAGUGAAGCAAAUAGAAGUCCCCAUUGAUUCUUUUCUGUUUUCCAUAGAUAUUGACAGCCUUUACACAAACAUUGACAUUGGUGAAGGCAUUGACUCCAUUAAGAGAGUCUUUCAAAGAUACCCGGAUAAGAAAGGCCAGAAAAAGAAUUACUACAACUUUUAGAAAUAAUCUCACAAGGAACGACUUUGAAUUCAAUGGUGACUUCUAUUUACAAAUCAAGGGGACAGCCAUGGGGAAAAAGUUUGCCCCAGCAUAUGCAAAUAUCUUCAUGGCAGAGUGGGAGACUGCUGCGUUAGAUAAAUGCACCAAGAAGCCUCUGUAUUAUUAUCGCUUCCUGGAUGACAUAUGGGGUGUCUGGCCACAUUCUGAGCAGGAUUUUGAGAUGUUUCUUAAGACCUUAAAUGACCACAAUGCCUCUAUUAAGCUUAAGUCGACCAUUAGUAAGACCUCUAUUGAUUUUCUGGACACGACCACCUUCAAGGGCCCAAAUUUCAUUAAUGACCGUAAAUUGGAUAUAAAGGUCUUUUUCAAACCCACGGACACUCAUGCCCUGCUAUUUAAAACCAGCUUUCAUCCUAAACACACAUUUGCGGGAAUAGUCAAAUCCCAACUGUUAAGGUUCCACAAAAUUUGUACACAAAAGUCUGAUUUUGGAGCGGCUGUUAAGACCCUGUUCUCUGCUCUCUCCACUAGGGGGUACUGUUGGUCCUUCCUAAGGAGGUGCUUUAAGUCCUUUCUGCAUACAAAACCAAUUGAUGUUUCCCCUCUGCUUCCAGUGGUCAUUACAUAUGCUCCUUGCACCUGCAAACUAGUCAGGGCUAUUAAGAACAAUUUCCAGAGUCUGGCUCAGAAUGUACAGACACUUCACAACCACAGGGUAAUUGCUGCCUUCAGGAGACAUAAGAAUCUAGGUGAUCUCCUCAUCAGAGCCCAAAUCUCGCCUCCCUCUGUGCCUAGGCGCAGAGAUCAGGGGCAAUUUUUCCAGCAUCGCAGGUUGGUGCGCAGCCAUUCCAAUGGUGAUGUUUUUCUGUCAUUGUGCAAAGGAACCCCGAGGUCCAAAAAUUGUGUAUAUCUGAUUACAUGUAAGAGGUGUGGAAUGCAGUAUGUGGGAGAAACAGGAAACACGCUGCUGACUAGAUUCACUCAACACAGUGACGGCCAUCCAGGUUAACUCGAGAUGGACAACGCAGCAGAGGAGGAGAGCUGAGAGGAUGUGGAUGGCCAAACUGGAUACAGUUUAUCCAAAGGGCCUGAAUGAAAAGGGUUUCAGGAGAAAUUGAUCCCACGGUUUGUAUAUAGUUAAUGUUUCAUUGCUCUUAAUUGUCAUCAUUAUUAUUGUUAUUAUUGUCACUUGCACUGGGUAUCUCAGCUCCUUUCAUGACUCACUGGGGGACAUCCUGCCCCUGAAGCUGACC